CGCGAUACCUAGGGCCUGCUGGUUUUCGGUUGCGCGCUGCUGCACGUGAGCUGGAGCAAGACUGCGAAGACACUGCCGGGAAGAAGCACGUCCUCGCUCCAGUACCUCCUUCGACUUGGUACCGUCUCCCGCAGCUCGUCGAUUACCAAGCCUAACCCCAUUGGGCGUCCCGUCCCACGCUGGUGCUCCCAGGUCGCUUUCCCCAGACCACAGCCAGCCGUCUCCCUCCCUCCACCUCCUCCGUCCUCCGUCCUCCCCGUCCUCAGUCUUCUCGUCGCCAGCAACAUGUCGGCCACCGAUGCGAAGCCUCUGCCGUUCGUCUACCAGUUCGCGGCUGGUGCCGUGGCUGGUGUGUCAGAAAUCUUGGUCAUGUACCCGCUGGACGUCGUCAAGACCAGGAUACAGAUCCAGAGCGGAAAGGCGACCGGUGAGGAUGCCUACAGCGGCAUGGUGGACUGCUUCCGCAAGAUUGUGAGGAACGAAGGCUUCUCGAGGCUGUACCGCGGCAUCAGCGCUCCCAUCCUCAUGGAGGCCCCCAAGAGGGCCACCAAGUUCGCCGCGAACGACUCCUGGGGGUCGUUCUACCGCAACCUGUUCGGCCAGUCCAAGAUGAACCAGUCCCUGUCCAUUCUCACCGGCGCGACUGCCGGUGCAACCGAGGCCUUCGUCGUCGUGCCCUUCGAGCUCGUCAAGAUCCGCCUCCAGGACAAGGCCCAGGCCCACAAGUACAACGGCAUGAUCGACUGCGUCACCAAGAUCAUCAAGCAGGAGGGCCCUCUCACACUCUACCAGGGUCUCGAGUCAACCAUGUGGCGCCACAUCCUGUGGAACGCCGGUUACUUUGGCUGCAUCUUCCAGGUGCGUGGUCUGCUGCCCGCGGCCAAGGACAAGAAGGCCCAGAUCACCAACGACCUGAUCUCCGGUGCCGUCGGUGGCACAGUCGGCACAAUCCUAAACACCCCUCUGGACGUGGUCAAGUCGCGCAUUCAGAACUCGUCCAAGGUCCCCGGCCAGGUGCCCAAGUACAACUGGGCCUUCCCCGCUCUGGGCACCGUCUUCCGCGAGGAGGGUUUCGGCGCGCUGUACAAGGGCUUCACGCCCAAGGUGCUGCGACUGGGUCCCGGCGGUGGUAUCCUGCUCGUGGUCUUCACCGGCGUCAUGGACUUCUUCCGCACCAUGCGUGAAGGCAAGUAGUUGGCACGCGGCGACAUUGGGCUGGCAGAUUCAUCUUCCUGCAGCAGGGCAGAUAGACUGUACAAUUCGAGGCUACGUGUAUGUUCAUGACAUAAGAUUCAAGUAUGGCUUGCAGAUGGUGCAGUGAUGGUGCAGCUAACAAACAUAUUGAGCGGUCAG